AUGGAAGAACAUUUAAAGAGGAUGGAGGAUGAAAAAGACAUAAAUAAAGACUUCAUCAGAGAAAUAGUAAGUAAUGUAGUAAAAGUCUUAUUACCUAAUAACAUUUAUCUAAUCAAGGAUGAAUUUUACGAGACUACAGAGAAAUAUUUAGCUGAAAAUUAUGCGAGUUUUUAUAAUAAUUUAAGUGAAAAAUACUAG